AACGUGAUUCAAAUUGGGAACGGAGCCCUGCCUGUUCAGCACAGACGUGGCAUCCAACAUUGCAUACGGAAGCAGCGAGGAACUUUCUCACGAGGACAUUCGCCGGGCAGCGACCCUGGCCAAUGUGCAUCAGUUUGUUUCCGGGCUGCCCCAGGGCUAUGACACUGUGGUGGACAACGCGCGGCUGAGUGGCGGGCAGAAGCAAAGAAUCGCAAUCGCGCGUGCUCUAGUGCGCGACCCCACUCUGCUGUUUCUGGACGAGCCCACGAGUGCUCUGGAUGCAGAGAGCGAGCACUAUGUCCAGAGGGCAUUGGACGAGGCCAUUCAUGGGGAUGCCGAUGCACAUGGCAGCAGAAGGCGAACCAUCAUAGUGAUUGCUCACAGGCUAUCCACAAUCCGCAGUGCGGAUAGAAUAGUGGUCAUCGCGGCAGGCAGAAUCGUUGAGGCCGGCACACACGAGCAGCUCAUGGAGCGCAAUGGGGAGUAUGUGAGGCUGCAUGCACGCCAUGUCGCAGCCUGUUAGAAUAGUGGAUCUGCAAGCCCGAUAUCCACCUAGCCAAGGGACACUACCGUAUUCCCCCGUACAGGGCCUCAGAUUCGUUUUGGGGCACGCUGAUCGCUCAGGGUCCCCCCCUCGUAGCUCCCUGUUUUUUCAGGCCUCGCAAACAAAAUUACGCUGAUCAAUCAGGGUGUUACGAAAAUUACGUAUAAAUUCUGCGCUGAAUA